AUGUGGACGCAAUGCCAGCUACAGACAUUUUUCAGUGAGACGAAAGAUCGCCGGUAUUUUCGUGUCAGAUAUAAGCCUGCUACGAUAGAAUUUGAUGGUGGGCAUAGCCGUGGACUGGGCAACCAGAAUGAACAUCGGGCUGUCCAUGUACAGUGUGAGCAGGCUGCCAAUGCCACUGAACACCCAAACACGUCUCCAACUUUCAUGAUUAGCAAUACAUCAGCCGCAGACACUGUUUCAACGCUUUUAGAUGACGGAGAAAUCCUGGAGUCUCAAGUUUCACGAUUACAGAAGCGUAAAUUGGUUGUGGCACAGCCAAUCACCGUCAAUCAUCCCUUCACAUACAUUGCUGGAAGGCACGUUCAUCUGCCCGUGUCUCGUUUGGACUAUUUGUUCAAAUCUGAGGCUUUCCAAUAUGUCUCCAACCCAUCUUUCGAUGCGAGUCAUGUUGACGCAGCUCUGAGCAUGACCUCAGUGUUUCCUCGAUGUGAAGACGAACCUCUCUUUCUCAACGCUCUUGUCUUUUCCAUAAUAGAGACCUUGAACAGAGGGGCUCUCAAGAUGGAAGGAUUAUCAAUUCAGGGGAGAAUCGUCCAAUUGAUGAAUAAGCGACUCACCUCUCGGCCAGAGACUAUCUCACCUGGUGUUAUCGGUGCUAUCAUGCUGCUCAAGUCGACUGCCUACAGAACUCGUAACAUUGCUGCGCAUGAUGUUCAUACACGUGGCUUGUCAGAGAUUUUGAAACUCUUAAAAAACAAUGGCGACUGUUUAACGCCCGCUGUACUGCGAGCAGUAUUUUGGCUCGACCUCAACGCGGCCAUAGUAGUGGGCUGCAAACGACAGAUGUCUCACCUGGAUUUGCCACAAAAGAUAAGCUGGCAGCGUGAAGAGGGCUUACAAUUCUGGCAUUUGCUGCCGGUGGGUUUUGCUCGACAUAGCCAUGCGCUGCCUAACAAUCUUCUCGCCUGCAUCGUAGAUAUUGUCGAGCUACAAGCAACACUGUGUGCAAGAAACAUGCCGCAGACGCCGCAGACGCCCAAGUUUCACAAGCUAGAUGCCAUGCAGGCUUCUAUCGAGUCUCGCCUGGCAUUUCAAGUCCACGAAUGCCGACAAUAUGGAGUUGUCGCGGAAGCUAUCCGACUUGCAGUUUUUAUGUGCUGCUAUUGCAGCUGGACAGAGACGUGGAAUGAUAGGCUUAUCCCAUGCAGACUGGCUGAAAUGCUACUUGACCACUUGGAGCCCACAAUAUUACUCUAUCCCAAGCAGCUGACUACCACCUGGCUUCAGCACGUAGAUAUACUUCUUUGGCUGCUACUUGUCGGUUCCAAUGUCAUAAUGUCGGAGAGAGGAGACCAGCUUGGUCUCAAGUCAAGACAAAGUUGCUUGAUCAACUCGGUCUCGUCUUUGUUUGAUACGCUGUGCAAAAAUGAGGGCAUGAAUCUUGGACAGCAGCUUCAAGACGGCCUAACGGAUUUCAUCUAUGCGGACGUAUGGCUACGGCAGCGUUCGUAUAUAAAGGAGUGGUCAGAGCUGGAGCUAUUAUUCAGUGCUAAAUAUUAG